AUGGCAACUGACUGCGCGGCUUGGGUGAACGCAAACCCAGUAGAGGCCGAGGACCUCAGUGAUUCCUUCAUUUCCGGAGAGGAAGACAACGGACGAUUGAUUGUCACGAAUAAAAAUAUCAACAACGAAAUCAAUGGCAACUGGUUGUCCUCCUCGAGCAACAGUAUCCACGAGGCACGGCUCAAGGCGAAAGCCAAGAGGAGGCUGAGAAAGAACUCCUCCAGGGACUCUGGAAGGGGGGACUCCCUCAGCGACAAUGGGGAUGUGGUCAGGGGGACCUCUGUUGCACCCACCAGUCCCAAGAACAAGCUUCUGGACAGAAAGUCCAGGCUGGGAAAGGGCAGAGGCCUGCCAAAGAAAGGUGGGGCUGGGGGGAAAGGUGUAUGGGGCCGAUCUGGGGAGGUAUAUGAACCAGUAGAGGUGGACGAAAAGGACCCCAACUAUGAUGAAGAUCAGGAAAACUGUGUGUACGAGACGGUGGUCCCUCCACUGGAAGAAAGGGACUUUGAGAAGACAGUCACCCCUAUAGUACAGGAGUACUUUGAACAUGGAGAUACAAAUGAAGUGGCUGAGCUGCUUGCAGAGCUGAACCUUGGACCAAUGCGUAGUGAGGUGCCGUCCCUGGCUGUGUCGCUGGCCCUGGAGGCCAAGGCCAGCCACCGGGAGCUCACCUCCCAGCUGCUAGCUGACCUGUACGGGACUGUCUUGUCCCACAGCGACAUGGAAAAGUCAUUCGAUAAACUGCUUUGUGAGCUGCCUGAUCUGGUUCUGGACACACCCGGAGCCCCUCAGUUGGUGGGCCAGUUUAUUGCACGCGCUGUUAGAGACCAAAUACUGGCCAAGAGUUACAUCGAGAGCUACAAAGGCAAAGUUGACUGUGAAUGUGCAAGAGCUGCACUAGACCGGGCAGCAGUGCUGCUGAAGAUGAGAAGUGGUGGGCUUCGCAUCGACAACCAGUGGGGGACGGGAGGGGGCCAGAGACCAGUCACACAGCUCAUCAGAGAGAUGAACCUGCUGCUUAAGGAGUACAUCCUGUCUGGAGACAGCAAGGAGGCGGAACGAUGCCUCAGAGAUCUGGAGGUUCCACAUUUCCACCAUGAGUUUGUCUAUGAGGCCAUCGUGGGGGUGCUGGAGUCCAAAGGGGAGAAAACCUUAAAAAUGGUUCUGCAGCUACUGAAGUCUCUCUCUCUGUCCUCCAUCAUCACCGUGGACCAAAUGAGAAGGGGCUAUGAGAGAGUUUACAUGGACAUUGCUGAGAUAAGCAUUGAUGUCCCUCGUGCAUACUUAAUUUUGGAGCAAUUUGUAAACAAGAGCUUCGAUAUGGGAAUCAUUGGUGUAAAGUUAAGAGAUGUAUGUCCUUGUUGGAACCAGAAGAAGAUCAUGGGCGAUGGAGCCGGUGAUUUUGUCGAACUUGAACGAUGCUAA